AUGGGAUUUCCGAUUUCAGUCGCUGACUAUGAAAAGCUUUCUCUUUCAACUGCCAUUCUUUGGUCUUUUUUAGUCUACUUUAUUUUCACCGCUAUCGUAGAAUCUGUCGUACUCUUCUUUAAAAGCAGGAAUGCAGAUGCUAAACCGUUUAAAGAUGAACUUUUGAAUCCGAUUACUGCAGCAAUGUUUACACUUAGCCCAAUAAUAAUGCUUUCGAUACAUGCCAUAAUGGCACUAUUGGUUCAUGGAAGCCCUGUCAACCCCAAAUAUUUGGCUCCAAUUUUGGGAUUAAUUGAAGCGUUGAAACCUAAUACUGGUAAACCUGUUCCUCCUAAAGACGCUAAAACUGGUUCUAAAGAAAUUACUGACCCCAAAUAA